CAGUGGCUACUGGCUUGUAGAUAAAAAAUCGCGUCGACUCGUUGAUGUCGGUUGUUCAUACGUUGUGGACGCAUUAUUUGUUUGAUGUUUGUAUUUCUGUGUUUAUCAGAAAAUUUGAAACGUUUUUCAUAUUUGGAUAAUGUUCCAUCAAAACUAUACGUGUUUGAUAUUAUCUGUGCUAGUGAAAUUUGAUUAGUAGUGAACAGUGCAACAGGCAAUAAAACACUUGUAAACAGAAGGUACCUUGGUCAAUUCAAGAUGCCUACAGAUUCUGAAUGUGAAUGCAGCUUAGUGUCGAAAGAGUGGUUAUUAUCAAAGCUGAGAUCAGACGAGAGGGACACAAUAUUAAUAGAUUGUCGAGGAUCAAAUGAUUACGCUGUGUCUCAUAUACGGUCGGCCGUAAAUUUUUCAAUACCCAGUAUAAUGCUUCGAAGAUUAGCUGCAGGCAAAAUUGAACUGGCUUCCACGGUCCAGUGUAAAGAAUUGAAGGCUCGCAUUGGUCAUUGCCGCGUCAGAGGCACAUUCGUGUUAUAUGGUGAUGGAGCUCCUCGUGAUCCCGAUUCUGUUCAUGGGAUCCUGCUAAAGCGGCUCAAACAAGAUGGCGUGCAGGUGGUCUGCCUCGAAGGUGACUUCGCAGAGUUUCGUCGUUCAUACCCCGAGUGGUGCAGCGAAGCAGGCGCUCAGCAUUUACCACAUCUGCCGCUCAUGGGACUGAGGUCUCUUCGUAUCUCGGGGUCAGGGAGCGACGACCCGCUGUCGUCGGGUUCGUCGUCGGAGUGUGAGGACACGCACACCCAGGCGCAUCAGGAGUUCCCCGUCGAGAUCCUGCCCAACCUGUACCUGGGGAACUCAACCAACAGCGAGGACUGCGAGGCGCUCGCCAGGCAUAACAUAAAGUACGUGCUGAACGUGACACCAGAUCUGCCCAACACGUUCGAGGCUGAAGGCUGCGGCAUCAACUACCUCAAGAUUCCAAUCGCUGACCACUGGAGCCAGAACCUCUCCGUGCACUUUCCGCAGGCCAUACGGUUUAUCGAGGAAGCCAUGUCGGCGGGAUGCGGCGUGCUGGUUCACUGCGUGGCUGGCGUGUCCCGCUCCGUGACCGUGACGCUGGCCUACCUGAUGCAGCGCCACCGGCUGUCGCUGCGGGACGCCUUCGAGCUGGUGCGCUCGCGGAAGACUGACAUCGCGCCCAACUUCCACUUCAUGCGGCAGCUGCACUCGUUCGAGCAAGACCUGGGCCUCCACGAACGCAGCGCCCCACUGAGUAAGGUGCUGGAGGAGCUGGGCGUGCGUGAGGUGACGGCGGCCGAGCAGUGCGGGUGCGCCGCCCCCGGGGGCGUGUCACCCGACUCCGGCAUCGAGUUCGACCGCUGGAGCGCCGCGCGGGACACGCCGCAGUGACCAGCCACCGCGCCGGAACACUGACGUGACGAACGUGACGUCAUACCCGCUCCGUGCGGUCCAAAUAUAAUAAUAAUAACCUAUCAUAGAGCCGGAAAACCAAUGACCCGCAGUGACGUCACGCUCCCCGGCCUUGAAGUAUGCACGCCUGGUACCUAACUCUGCCUAGUUCGUAAGCGCCUAGUGCUGGUACACUAGUUAAACGUAAUCUCUAGAUAAUAUGCGCUCAGUUUUUCUAAAGCACUUAGACGGUACUGACCGCUCCGUAUGUACACGAUAGAAUUAGUGCUUCGACAGUCAACCAAAGCCGCGUAACAAUAGUGUUAACCUUAAUCUCAUUAAUCCUAUUUUUUGGUGCUGGCACACUAAUGAUUUCACGCGAACAUUCAUCAAAAUUGCCUUUUGCAAAUAUUAUGAAAGUUAACUGAACUUGGUUUACAAAUGAUUGGUUUACCUAUUUGCAAAUAUUUUUCGUUAGUUAUACACAAACAGUAUUUAACUAAUUAUUUAUAACACGUCGGACAGACCCGAAAUUGUAACUGACAUAUUUAGAUGACGUUAUAUAUUUCAAUACAUAACAUUAUUUCAUAGCAUAUAUAGCUAUGGUUAAGGUAUCUGUCCAAUAAGGCUCACAGACAUACACUACAUUCAUCUUAGUAAGUGUAUAUACUGUUUACUUAGUGUAAUAAUUAUGUUGCUAUCUCUAUUUGAGUUUCUCUAGUAUUGCAAACUUUGACGAUGUAAUGUCCACAAAUAAAAAUUGAAAACAAAAUUUUAUGAACGAUUCGGUACUCGAACCCACGACCUCUAGCGUUCCGUGCGAGUGCUCUUCGAGGUUAAGCUAACCUGAGAGUUGAACAAAGCAUACAAGAUUUUAUGACGAUACGUCACUCGAACGGUUGGCUCAAUUGCAAGAGCAUUCGCACGGAACGCGAGAGGUCGUGAGUUCGAGUCCCGCAUCGUUCAUAAAAUUUUAUUUUAAAGUUUUAUUUGUGUAUUAAUUCUACAAGUGAAGGUUAUCACUUUAAAAACAUAACAAAUUGAUAGUAAUAUCUUAAUAUGAUCAGGAUCCCCGCACGAUUUGUUCGUCUUAUAUAAUAUUAAUAUAGAAACCAUUGAAAUAGCGGACGAGAAAAUUUUGAAAGCCCGCACCGCGACUAGUACAAAGACACGUGAUUUGAUACGAAAGUACAACAUUAUACAUUUUAAGAAUUGUUCAUUCAAUGUCGGUUGGUUGUAGUUUAAGAGCACGCCCCGUAUAUAAACACCAGCACGAGCUUCGAUAGAUUUACAAAAUUACAAUUUUUUUUUGCCCCAUACGUUAACUAUUAGUCUCUAUCGUGAUUUACGUUUGUUUAUAUUGUCGUCAAAUAAACUCAAGUUUUUAUUAUUUAUUUAUAAUAUAAUAGGAGCUUUACUUACAUAACGAAAUUUAUUUUCUGAAAAACCUAAAGGAGAUCUUGAAGGCUCGUAAAUUAUUAAAUAUUGUUUAUAAAUAAUCUUGUUUGAUAAUGUGUUUUGGUUUUGAACUGAUGGCCUCGUUUAAAUAAAUAAUAAUUAUAAUUGGCUUUGAAUAAUAACCUUUUUUCAGAUUGAGUUUGUUCAAGUGUUGUAUGUGCUAUCAAGGCUCGUAGUUGGAGAAUAGAAUAUACAGGUUCCGUAUUCAGUGUUGGCAUAAUAUCCACAGAUGUAUCAAUUAGUUUUUAAAUUCAAAAGUUUGUUAUUUUAUGGUUUUGCUACAAGCUUAUAACGGAAAUAUUCAAGUGUAUAGACAAUAAAUAAAAUAAAAACUAAAAUAUUUAUGGUUCAUCAGAUAAUUUAGUUUCUGAGCUGAUUUAAAUUAUGGUAUAGUUGGUGGAAUCGAUUGGCGAGACCUCAUAAGUAAUCCUUCGUACGUCUGCUCUAAAUAUAGUGUAAGUGUUGCAUAGUUAAUGAUCAAAAUACAUCAGUGUCUUUAUGAUAAUCAGUGAAUACGGAACUGUGUAACUGGCAAUCUCGUUGUAGCACCUUCAUAUGUGGAGGCUUGAUAUCAUAUUGUUAUUGUUGGACGAAAACUCGGCCUUCGUUCAUAAUGCGUUAUAACAUACAAUUUUGCUGUUAUUUACUAAGUAAAAGAAUUAAAUACACGUCGAAUUACCUCCCAUUACACGUCUGUAACAUACAAUAUAUUUUAUGAAUUGUGUAAAUCAUAGUUACGCGUUAGAAGUAUUCAACGAAGGCCGAGUGGUCGCCGCAAGUAAGGGUAGUUGUAACAAUAAGUCAAUUUUUAUAUGUUGAAUAUACUCGAUGUGCUGUACUUGGUACGUGACAUGCAUUCCCGAAUCCCGAAUAUUCUUCCAGUUAGCAUUUUGUGUUCAUUGCAAGUUGUAUGGUCGGUUGUAUUGAAUGUUUCAAUGUUGGCCGCCACAGGGAUCCUCAAACUGAAAUGAUUUUUGACAGAAGUAGAUCCCGCUUUAUGCAAACGUCCGCUGAUGUAGAUACAAUAAAACUAUAAGGCUGCAUUUGACCGACGGUCAUCGCCGACGUCGGUCAAACGUACUUAUAACAAUGACUACGUCGCGCUCUCGAGAAUCGUCGGCCGAGUUCGUCAGUCCGCUGACGCGCUGGCGAUAAAUUAGUGCAUUCAGUGCGCCGCUGACCGAGCGACCGACCGUUUAAAACAUUCUUAUCAAAAAUCGUAAACCAAAAUUCGUGUUCUGGCAAUUUUGAAUAUAUCGUAUAAACUUGUCCUUCAAUUUGACGCUCUAUAAUAAUUGGAUAGCCAUGAUAUCUUCUCUGUCUUUUAUUCCGUAAUAAUUGUUUGUGUAAGUAGCAUGCACUAUGUGCGUACUACUUACAUACUUAAUAGGUUAAAAAUAGAUUCAUUUAACGUAAAAUCAUUCGCUCUAUGACACUUUUAGCAGCAACUGUGAUUCUAAGUACUACUGUGACUAGACCUCAUUACAAAAUUAUUUUGCCCAGCCCAUAUAAACGAAAUGGUAUGUAAUGAAAAAUAAUUUGGUGAGUCGGACAAAAUGAUACGCUAGUUUUACGCUAUGGAAUACUUCUGUCAACAAUCAUAUUAGUAUCUGUGGACUGCGAUCGAUCUGUCCCCGCCGACAUUUGGAAUUUAUUUAUGUUCAUGUUCGUAUGUAGGAACAGAGCAUUUCUAAGAAUUCUUCCAUUGUUAUUGAGUGUUGAUAUGUGAAUGAAUGUUGAAAUAUAAUAUUUAUAUUUAUACUUCUAUAUGUUAUUAAUAUAAAUUAGUAAUGAAACAGUGUUUGUUCUCUAUGGCCAUUAGUGACCUCUGGUAAAAAUACUUUGUCCUAUAAAAAUAAUAACUAAAUACAUAUUGUUUUCCUUCAGAUUAUAUUUAUAAAGAUUUUAUUAAAUUACUAUUUAUUUUUCUAUCGAUGUUCUCAUCUCUCAAAUAACAGUGCCACUGUGUUAUAUAACAUUUAUUGUAAACUUAUAAUAAGAUUUAGUUAAAACUAUAGUUUGUUGCUAGUAAAUGUGUAUUUUUAUAUGAAUUGUAACUUAGUGUGUAUGAGUACCUAAUGUGUUGAAGCCAGUGUAAUUUAACGAAGGUAGGUAUAAUUAUUAUUUUGUAUAGUCCAUGUAUUGUUCAAUUAGCAUUUAUUGUUCGUUUACUCGCUGGUAAUAAUUAUAUUUGAUAUAUACAAUCAUUGUCACCGUGUAAAUAGAUCGAGCUUUAAAAUAAGUGAAUAGAAUGUAGUGAGUUACGAAUUGUACAUUUGUUGGUAGCGUCACUUGAGAUUCAGCUUCUACGAGCUCGGGUUCAGAGUGAAGGUUCCUGUGUUCCAGUCGUUAUAACCUUUACUGUUUUGUUUCAAUAUGCACCACGUUAUGAAGAACCUGAUUCCAUUUAGGUCGUGUUUGAGAUAAAUUAUGUUCCAAUAUUUAUAUUUGCUUGUCCCAACUUACUGGUGACAAGUAAAUAUUGGUUUGAAUAACUUUAAACGCUCUCUCUCAAACCAUGUUAAGCCACAUUAUAUACUCAGAACGUAUUCUUGCACAAAGCGAGCCGGCCGCGGCUUCGAUCACAGAUCAUGUUACUUUAGUACCUGUGAACAUUUAUAAUACUUUGUUUAUUACGUAAUUCGUUGUAUAAAUAAUGUUAAUUGAUUAAUUGAUAACGUUUUAGAUAUCUUUUUAGUGCUUUUUUCUACGGUGCAAAAAAUUACAACUUGAUCUUCGAUCCCGUUGCUGUUAUAGACGUGCCAAUGUUCGUGUCGUGCGGCGCUCGAGCACCGCGCCCCGCCAUCAGGCACUUGUCAUUAUUAACUAACCCUUGAAACAAAAUAUAAACACUGUUAAAUUAUAUA